CCGGAUACUCAUCGGGUUGAAGGGUCACGCCGUCGAUGGAGCUCGUGGCGGAGCGGAAGAGGUCGGAAGACGUCAGGUUGCUGCAGCCGCUGGCGUCGCACAAGUUCCCGUAUGUAGGAGGCAAUCCUGCGCUCGAGGCGAUCCCGCAAGUCGUGCACUUUGGUGGUUUUCGCUUGAACCAGACGUUGACCCAGAAGGUGCGCAUUCUGAACAAGUCGUCGGCGAGCACACGCAUGCACAUUGUGACGCCGACAGAGAGCCCGUUUCACAUUGAGAACAACCGACGUGGGACGGUUUACCCUGGCAUGAGCGAAGACCUGGUCGUGAUGUUCACCGGAACAGAGUUCAAAUACUACUACGACUGCAUCAAAGUGCACAGCGAGGACGGCAACUUUAUCAUCCCCUUGCACGCAUACCCCGUCGUGAACAAGGUCAACUUUCCACCGCAGAUAUUCUUUGGGACGCAACCUCUGGGGCUUCUCUCAACCCGCACCGUGUCCAUCGGGUGCAGUGUCCCCAUCGAGUUCGAGUACCGCAUCGAAAUCAAGCGCGCCCACAGCUCCAUUACUGUCAAACCUUUACAAGGAACGAUCCCGGCCAACGGCGUCGCGGAAAUUACAAUCGGAUUUCAGCCCAUUGUGAUGGCCAACGUGUUCUGCGAGAUCGAGUUGCUUGUGUCGCAGUUUGGCUUUCAGCCCAUGACGUGUGUCAUCUCGGGCGCGUCCGCCCCAGGCCUCCAGCUGCCACCACCCACUAUAGACAAUCCCGCCAUCGACUCGGAUCGGAAGCAGCCCACUGAUGCUACAGUCGAUCCCAUCGUUGCGUUACCCGAGGGGUCUAUCGAGAGUUGGAAAGGCGACCCGUCACCGCCGAAACGCACGACCAAAAAGAUCAAGAAGCCGCCCGUCAUCACGGAUGACGUCGGCAUGGAGGACGGGAUCAAAAUUCCGACGUCGAUGAAAGGUGUCAACGCGACCAACUUCGUGCUGACCCAACAGCCCGGAAAACUCAAGCCAAAAGACCUCAAACGCGCCAUUGAUGAGAACCGGGCGCUGCGGAAACGACAAAAGGCGGAGCAAGAAGCGCUGCGCUUGAAAACGGGGAGCGCGGGGGGCGGCCGCCUCUCGUUUGACGUGUUGCUCAUGGAAGAGUCGGUGUCGACCAAGCCGACGACGCGGCAGCUCAAAGAACUCGUGUUUUUGCAGGAGCUGCAAGAGAUCGACAAGAUAGAACGAGAGCUCGAGUUUCAGAGCAACCGCGAGUUUUUGGGCGACUCACUGCUCGCUGCCAGCGACAUUCAGUUCAUUUACGACGUUCGAUCGUUCCAUGCACUCGAACGAGAGCGCAAAGGUCGCGAGAUCCUCCGAACUACUUUUGUAAGUCAUGGCGGAAGCGUGUCAUCGACACCGCCCGUCCGCGCAGCCCUACCGGCGUUCUACACCCCCGCCCACGUGCCCGAUUUCAACCCGUACAAGAACGACUUGUGGGCCAAGCGCAAACGAAUGUUGGCUAGAUUCGUGCAAGUCGUGUCCAAGCUGAUCACGAGGCUUCGUGCGGAGCGACGCUUGAGAUCGCUCCAAGCAUGGAUCGGGACUGCCACGACGCGCGUCGAAGUGCGAAGGAUGGUCGAACGGGAUUGGAAGUUUGCCCAAGUGUCGAUCACAAACGCUCCGCCCAAGCCUGUCAAGACCACCGUCGACUCGAUGCAGACUGAGGACAAAUCGUUCUUGCUGACGUCGCUGUCGUCCCCAACCGCAUCCGCGUCCGACGUGAGCUCGAUUGUCGUGGUCCAUUCGUAUCCAUUGUACGUGGAGACCGAGUCCCGGACACGGUUUCCUGUAGCAGUGCCCACGGACACCCAUUCCAUGCAAGACUUGGACUUGUUUCCGGUCCAAGUUCCUCUCGAAGCCGACUUGAUGGGCUACCGCCCCCAACAGCCACUCCCCAUUCCACAGUAUUUGCCAUUGGAGGCGUCUCGAGGCCUGCGAGUUGGCGCUCAGCAUGAAGCUGGCCUUCGCGUUCCUCGCGCGAUAAUGCCAGUCGAGCCGAUUCCGUUGACGCCGCAUGUCGACCUCGCCUGGCGGUUCAAAGUGGACCCGUCCGUGUUUAUCUUUCCCCCCGCGACGCUUCGGGUGUACACCCCGAUCCAGUACCCUCUCGAGACAGACCCCGAGUACUUCCUCCAGCCACGACCGCGGGCCCGCCACGUCGUCCGCACGACUUUAAACGUCAUGGCAGACACCCCCGGGACUAUCUCGCUUGCCAUUAAGAUGCCGUACAUGCUCCAUACAGCAUGGGUGGGGUGGCGAGACCGCCCAGAUGAUCUCCGAGCGUCGUUGUGGGACGUCCCUCCAUGCGCGCCAUCCUUGAUCGACACGACCAAAGCCAUUCCGAUUGACAUGUUGAGCGACAGCGAAAGCGACAACGAUGAGGCUGACCACGUGACGAUUCCAACCUUGGACGACGCCAAAAGGAUGUUUGAAGAGGACGGCGAAGUCGAUCUGGCAUCACUUGCGCAGUUCCCGCGCUACGAAGCGUGGCUUCGACUCGAUGAAGAGUACCAAAUGUACCGGAAUGAUUUGUGCAUGCAGCUGCCGCAGCGCAUGGGCGAGAUUGCAAAGCAUGUACACAACCCCGCAACACCGUUUGUGGUCGAAGGCCACGGAGACAUGCUGCCGCUCCACGCUUGGGACGGCGACGGUGUCAGUAAGCUGAAAUAAUGCAACCAUUCCUGGCGACGAAACCGUCGGUGGGUCGUGAC